GUUAUUGUCAUGGCUUGUCAAAGGGAUGUUUUGGAGAUAGUAAGGGAAGAUGAUUUCGUCGAGUACUUUUUGUUUUCUCUUGAUAAUUUCGAUGAGGAAUCGGCUACCCAAACGGUUCUAAAUCUCAAGUCUCAAGUUACUGACUUGACCAAGAAAGGAUCAGAAAACUACAUUUGGCAGAAGGAUGAAUUUGUUAUUAUACCUAGGAACACAUCUACUAUGCCUCCAAUAGUUGACAACGAAGAAACACUCCCUCCUCAUUUAUAUGGCGUCACACAUUAUGGUGAAAAUAUUGAAGAUGAGUGGUUUAUUGUACAUUUAUUGGUUGAAUUGACAAAAAAUAUUUCUGGUUUGAUUGCAAGAGUGAUUGACGUAGAUGGCGAAUUCUUGCUUAUUGAAGGUGCUGAUCAUUUACCUUCAUGGGCAUCACCUGAGAUUUGUGAUAAAAGGGUAUAUAUUUAUAGAGGUGAAAUUCAUAUUGUCCCACCUAGACGUGAAAGAGAACAAAUUUCUCUAAUUCAAGCACUUGCUACAAUCAGGGCUAAUCCUGAUAAAACAAGAGCCUCACAAGAAAUUCAAGAUUCCAUCAAAUCAAGACUUCGUGGAUAUCCUGAAAAGGUAUUUGAGUUGCUACAUCAGACAACAGCAUAUGUUCCAUCUAGGGUGGCUGCUUUGUUGCGUGCUCGACCAUCUUUGAUAGCUCCUGCAGUUACUGCUUUUUGUCAUAGGGAUCCUAUUGAUACCAGGGCUAUGAGGGCGAUGCGUAACUUCCCUCCUGAAACUAGGGUGAUGACAACAGUGAAGAUGACCAGAUGCCAGUAUGCAAUGCUCAGCCAGGCCAAGUACACACCAGAUCGCCGAACAGGGUGGCAGUUGCCUUCGCCUACGUCUCCUCUUUAUCUACCUCACACAAUUGGAGUCAAAUUGGCCUGUGGAUUUGAAAUUCUUGUUACUCAAGCCAAAUCUCCUGAGUCGAUUGAAGCAGACAAGGGCUGGCUUCGAUACAAACAAUCUCUAACCGAAAAAGGUUAUUUCAAGGAAUUUUUAGAAGGCAGCCAGGAUUACAAUAGGCUGGAAAAUGAGGCAAAAGAAUAUUAUCGUACACACAGUUGUUAUUCUCAACCUCCGUUGGCAACUACUGUUGUAGAUCUUCUUGAAACUAUAGAAGUUGAUGAGGAAGGUCUCAAGAAAGCCGAAUCUUCCCUUCCUCCACCUGAUGAUGAUUCUUGGAUGACUAUCUCUGGAGAUGAUUUAGAAAGAAUGAUGAAGGAGCGAUAUGGUGCUCGACCUCAAACAACUGAUAUUACCUCAAGCCUUACUGCCUUUCUCAACAACAUAUCUGGAUUAGAUGGUGUUCAACACCCUAAACCUAGUACCCAUGCUCCAGAAGUACCUCUGAGACAAAAAAGAAACAAAAAGACUGAAGAAACUAGGGACGAUGAAAACAAUAGAAUUUCAUUUGAUCAAGAAGCAUUCACAUGCGCUUUAAAUAACAUUUUAGAUUUCUCUGUGCCUGAAGACAGUUGGGAUCUAGAUAGUGACGAGUCUGGAAUGAGCUCAUAUGAAGAUGAAGCUGAAAUGGAUCUAUCUAGGAAAAAGAAUACCAAAUCAAACUCAGCUCAGCUCGAAAGUGACUCAGAACUAAAACAAUACAUGGAUCAGAUGGACAGAGAAUUACAGGGGACUACCCUAGGCCAAAGUUUUAUCAAGAAAAAACCAAAGGGCAUGGAGGAUAGUUUCUCUGAUAUAGAGAGCUUUGAGCCAGUUGAUAUUGAUAUGAAUGCUGUAAGAAACAUGCUUGCAUCCUAUGAAGCGCAAGUGGGAGGACCUGGUCCUGCGACUAACAUAUUAGGACCAAUGGGAGUCUCACUUCAAAGACAUUAAGAUGCUGCUGCUCAUAUUGCUAAUUUGAAUAAAUUGACAAAUACCUUUAUAGUUGCCUUAGAAUAGAAUACAGUUCUUCAGUUUCAUAUUAUUUUGGAAGAAAGCAUUGUUUGGAAUGUAACUUAUUAGCUGAUAUACAAAUUCUCAAUUUUUUUCAAUAAUCAUCUUAUACAUUGGGAAUUUGGUUGUUUUUAUUUUUUGAAUAAAGAAUAUUGAGUGAUUGGCAUGAUCUUCACAAUUAUGUUUUAAGUAUAUUUUAGAGAAAAAAUUAUCACAAUUGUUAAUCAUAAUGAAUUCAUUAGAUAUUAGAUUUUUUCUACAUAAGGCCAGUGCAGAUGACUCAUUUCAGAAAUGAGUACUGCAAUUAAAAAAAAUAAUUUUUAAUUUGUUUGUUUAAAACACAAUAGUUUAACAUUCCUGCAAAUAAUUAAUGUAAAGAAUAAGAAAGCUCUACUGUACUUUUUGAAAGAAUUACUGUUUAAUUUAAGCUACUGCUGCAUUCCAAAUGUUCAUAAGUUGUGUAUUAUCAUGGCAUCUGUUUGUAAAAAAACUUAACUUUAACAUAAUGAAAAAAUAGAUUGUUACAUGUUAUAUUUGGUACCAAUUAGUUUUAAGACCUAGAGUUAUUUGAAGUUGAGAUACUUUUUCUUUACAUGACAUUAUGAAGUAAAAUAAGACUUACAUGUAUUCAGUAUUAUAAAUUAUGCACUAUGUAUAAUACACGGUCCGAUCCAUGAUAAUGUAAAUGAUACACAACAUACGUCUUUCAAAAGAAUCUGAAUAGUACUGUAAAUUUAAUAUUGAAAAUACAGAAGUUGAAAUUCUGCAAUAACAUGAGUUGGAGAGAUAGCUAUGUAGUAGAUAUUGAAUAUUUUGAAUUAGAGUAUGUUUUCUAAAGAUUGGCCUAAUUUACUAGCGUGAUGUAGGUCUAGGUUAUAAAUGUGAUUGUGCUGUAUACAUAGAAUUGUGCUGUUAUUACUUAUAUACUUCAAUGAACUUUAUUUUUUAAAUGUUUUAAUUUUGUACUUAAUCAUUAUGUUCCUGAAUUUGAUAAUAUUUUUAUUGCACUUUGAGUUUUUGGUUACUGCAACCCUGUGAUUGUUUUUCAAUCAUAACCAUACAUUUUGUUUUAAAUAAAAUAAAAACAAAAUCUUUAA